UUAACCUUCAAAGUUGUUUAUUUCUAAUUUUUCUUACGUAUUUUGGUUUAGUUAAUAAACUGGAGUUCUCUUGUAAUUUUUUUAGUUAAUAAUGGAUGAUGAGUCUUCGCGUGAUGUUAUUUAUGUUGAAUCUCAAACUUAUGCGGAAUACCCUGAUAGACCAAUAGUAAAACUAUUUGAAAGACUGAUAGGCAAUGAUACAGAACAAAACACAAUUUUGACAAAAACACAAAUUAUGAAUAUACUGCACAAGGAGUUUGAUGUGGAUGUUGAAAAAGUCAACUUAUUAGAAGUAGAUAUUUCGAUAAACAUAAUCAUGACAUAUCUAAAAGAUUGGCCAGAAUGGGAUAAAUUUGAGAAGGAAAUUAUGAAUUUGGAGUCUCAAAAGUAUACUGAAGAAAUAAAGAAUAUUAUAGAAGUAAACUAUUUAGCACUUAAAAAAUAUUUACAAAGUAAAUUGGAUAUUGUAAAGUUAUUAUUGCCCAUAUAUCUGAAAGAAUUGCCACGAAAAGAGAAAAUUGAACAAAAUGUGGAAAACAAAAAUUUGGAUGAUGAAAAAAUUGUAAUGGAAGUGUGCGCUACAAAAGCUCAACUAAAUAAUUUAAUAUUAAGACAUCCUAAGUGCAAUAAUCAUAUUUUCAACUGGGAAGAGCCUAAAAAUGAAAAAUGUCUUAUUCUGACAACAAGAGCAGCUUUACACUGGGGAGGCAUUAAUAUAACUGCCAAGUUAGAAUGGUCCUCAUCAGAAAUGUUAAUAUUUAAAUAUGAAAACCGUCAUAUAUCAAAAUUCACUCUUGUUAAUAAAAAACUACCAGUCCAACCAAAUAGGAUUGAACAUGCAACACAAUUGCAAAUGAAAUGUAAAAAUCAAAACAAAGUAAAUAUAACUAAAGAAAGUAUGUUAAAUAAAAUUCUACAAUAUUCAAAAACUAAAAAUUCAUCAUGGUGUAGUAUAUUUCAAAUCUUAUGUGAUGAUUUGAAAAUGUUAACCACAGAUAUGCCUUCUAAUAUAGACUUGCCGGUUGAAUUUAGAAAACAUUUAAGUAAAUAUAGUUAUGUCAGAUAUAUGUAUAAAGAGGUGACUGAAUCAAUAGCGGAGAAUGGUGAAAAUUACGAUUUACAAUUAGAAGAGAUGGUAACACCAACCUGUUACUUGAAUAUAGACCUACAUAAGACAAAAAACCAGAAGGAGUCUGUGAGAUUUGAAUGUGAUCUUUGCAAAAUGGAAUUCAAAGGUGAAGAAAUAAAAAACCUAAUUGAUCAACAUUUUACUAUGUACCAUACUGUGGAGCCAGAUUGGCAAUGUGUUAAUUGUAAUACACAAAUAUCUGGAAUAGAACUUGCACAUAUGAACUGGGACCACAAAUGUCCAUUAAACCACGAGAAAGUAUUGCUAGCUCUAUUGAAAUAGAUCUUUAAGGUGUAACAAUACAUGUACAGAAUGACAAAAUUAUCUUGCUCUAUAAGCAACCCUAUUGUCAAUUGUCAUUAGUUUUGUUGACAUUUACUUUGACAUUAAUGGCUCACUAGUGACCUGUCAAUGUCAAAGUGUCACAAGAUUGUCAAUGUCAUAGUUUUAGACCUGUAGCUUUCUAGUCAUACUUUCUCUUUUGUUAUUUGAUAUUUCUAAAUCAAUUAUCGUACAGAACUAACAAUUUUGUGCGCUCAAGUGCCGGUGCUCAGAUAUCCUUGCAAACAAGGUGUGUAGAUGUAAUGAGAUUCAGUUUGUAAUUUAUGUCUUGUAUGUCUCUUACUGUAAAUGUGAUUAUACUAUGUACAAAGUAGUAUAAUAUGGUGACAGUUGUCUGUAUGAUAUUGACAGCUGUCAGAACUGGACUACCUACUACAUUUAUUAAUAACUAGCUGUUGCUCGCGUUUUUGCACGCGGGAAUGUAAACUAUAAAAAAAAUAUAUAGUCGUUCUUCGCCUUUGUAAUGUUGGUAUUGAUGGGAAAGAUUAGAGAGAUGGAUGGAUGUUUGUUGGUAUUUGAAGCCUAAUGUGCUAAACGGAUUUAGAUGAAAUUCCGGAUUGAUGUAGCCGAUAGUCUGGAAAUAAACAUAGGCUACCCACUUUUGAUUUGUUUAUAAUUCCAUGCGGACACAGUCGCGGGUAAAAGCCAGUUUUUAAAAAUUGUCUACCGUUAUAAAUAAUUACCAAAGAAUAGUAAGGUACAAGUAAGAAAUUAAUGAAUUUUAUAGUAUUUUAAUGUCACCUUAGUACUGUUAAAUAUAAAAAAAAAACUGAAAAUGUUAAGUUAAGAGCUUUUUAUAUAAAGUUUGGAUAUAUUUUUAUAAAAACAAAAACAAACUAAUGUGCGAACAUGUCUGAUAUUACUAUAUUAUAUUUUCUUAAAUUAUAUUCUCUUACUGUAUUAUUUUAAUUAUUAUAAAAAAUGGUCAGUGUGACCAAACUCAUUA